AUGAAGCUCUUCAUGAUCACCUUGGUGCUAUGUAGUAGCCUUGCUAUUGCUGUACCUACAGAGAAGAUCUCUGAUAUGAUUAGCGGGGGAUAUGGUGAAAUGGAAAAUAGCCAGCAUAACUCCGUCGGCGAAGCCGACCUGGACAAGCGAGGCUCCAUGCGCGAAGCCGACCUGAAUAAACGCGGCACUGCACUAUUCUCCAGCUCUGUCCGCGAAGCCGACUUGGACAAGCGAGGCUCCAUGCGCGAAGCCGACUUGGAUAAACGUGGCACUGCACUAUUCUCCAGCUCUGUCCGCGAAGCCGACAUCAAAUCCUGA